AUGUAUAGUUUUGUCCGUCUGUACUCCCCGCCACGCCGGGGCCUGCUCCGUCGUUGUCAUCGCCGCUUUGUGUGCGCCGCCCAACCAUUGAACCAUGUGACGGCGCCUGCUGCUCUCGAAUCGAAGCGCAUGUAUGUUGUGCUGUCCGACUUGCAUGUCAAGCGCGAAACAGUCUUCACAUGUGUUCAGGCGCUCAAAAUCGCCCACGCAGAGGCACUGAAACGUGACGCAGGUAUCGUCUUUCUCGGCGACUUUUGGCAUGCUCGCGGCUCUCUCGCAGUAGAGCCUCUUAACAUCAUUCUCGAAGAACUCCAGCAUUGGUCAGUGCCUGUCGUUAUGAUUCCAGGCAAUCAUGAUCUCGUCUCUCGGAACGGGAAUGGUGUCUCCCUUGUUCCACUUGCUACCACUCUAGGAGCAGAGGCGUGCCUAUUGAUAACGAAGCCUACCGUGUGUCUGGAUGCCUUGUUCCUCCCUUACAUGCAUGAGACCUCCAGGCUUAAAGCAUCUCUUGAGCAGGCUAAAAACUCCCUGGAAGACAUUAGUGCAGUGUUUUGUCAUGUCGAAGUUGCCGGCGCAAAAUUGGCAGACAAAAUUGUCUCGAAACCAUCAUCUCGUUCUAUCUCCCCUGGUGAUUUUCCAUCAAAAGUGCCAGUGUACAGCGGGCAUCUACACAGGCCUCAUGUAGUGUCGGGCAAUGUCAGGUAUGUUGGGUCUCCGUAUGAAGUGUCUGCGGCUGAAGAGGGUCAACAGAAAUUCUUGUAUGUUUUGGACAGGAAGGCAGGCUGGGCAGUUACCGAUAGUAUUCCUAUUCGAGUAGGGCCUCGUCACAUUACUAUUCGUGCCGAUGAAUAUUCGUCACUGCCGACUAUAGAGGCUGGUGACCGGGUUACUGUUGAGACAUAUUCCCAAUCGAACGAUAAAAUGACUCGGCUUGUUGCAAGGCUUAGAGAAAAGGGCACUCGCGUGGAAAUUAGACUAGUCCCUGGUGGAACUAGUUCGGGACUUCCCAAAGGUGAUGGUGAUGCCAACCCCCUCGCUUCAACGGAGCCUCGCAUCUCGUCCGAUGUACUCUCCAACAUUGACUUGUUUCAAGAAUAUGCUAUGAUUAAGAACCUUGAUCCUACGGUCACCAGCUCCGGAAAAGAUAUCUUGCGUGAAGUUGCGGGAAAAACUUCGACAUUGACUUCUAGCAUCUCUGGAAAGGAUGUGUUCAUUGAGUGGGAUAGUGUGACACUACGAGGAUUCGGAAGCUUUCUGAAGUCGACAACUUAUUCUUUAGACAGACGCGGAAUUGUCCUAAUAACAGGACGUGAUUGUGAUAACGAAGGUGCUGUUACUGGUCGCACAAAUGGUACAGGGAAAACCACUCUGGUCAUGUCUGCCUUAUGGGCGAUGACUGGCCGAACUGACGCACGACCAGAUGGUUCCGUGGAAAGAGGUGUAUCUUUGGAAAUGAUUCAUGAUGAUACCAAUGAAUGUGAGGUUACCGUUAAAUUGAAAAUCAGAGGCGAUCGCGUGAUGUCAGAGGUCCUCAAAAUGAUGUCGAAAGAAGAACGUCAGCUAUCGAAGUUGAACGUCAGCGACAACGGAUCAAUCAAAGAAUCUCUAAACUUGCAAGUGACGAGAACAAGUUCCAGACCCAUCACAUCGUCGAAAUCGAGGUACGUUCUUAUCUAUUCCACAAAACCUGUCUUGAUGAACAAAAUCUGCUUGGCAUUUCCCGUGCAGUGCCCACGGUCCAUGUAUGUCUGA